AUGGCAGGAUCAGCUUUCUGCACUGGGAGAGAGGAUUUGUGUGAGGAGAACUCUGAUGGGCGCAUCCUGAAGAACACCUGUCGUCAAGAGAAAUGGGCACCUGAUGACAUCAGGGGGGGAAAACUUCUCCAGUUUUGCAGGCUAGCCCCUAGCUGCAUUUCAACACACCCUACUCUGAGAAGAUUGAGAGGAAACAUCAGUGCAGCCAACACCAUCUGGCCACUAACAAAGCCCAUUGAUGAAGAGGCCCUUCCUGCCUCUCAGCCCAGGGGUAAGGUGUCCCUCCAUCAGGCCUCUUCCCCCAGGGAGGAAGGAACCACACUGCCCAGCCUUACAUUACCAUAUGUAGUUUCUCAGGGCCUGCGGGGCAGUGUGGGAAAUUCCUGGGAUUCUCUAAACUACUGCUUGUCCACCCACACCAUGAAUCUUUCCAUCUGGAGUGGAGGGUUGACUAAGGAGAUGUCCUGGUACCAGAAAGGAGGCAAGAUUAUCCCAGAAGCCAUGGAACUAGAACUUUCAGAUCUGACCAGCUUGGGGCAUGGUAACUCAGGGUUCUGUGCACGCAGAUGGAGGGCUGUGGUGCUGAAUCUGUCUGGACUUAAAGUUCCUGGGGAUUUUCUAGUGUCCAGUGAAACCACUGAUUAUCUGUGCCACCCACUGCUGCCUUACUCAUCAGAAUCCAAAAAACCAAGACAGCCUUUCUCCAGUAGAGGAGUGGUCAAAGACAGACACAAGCACAUGUCUCACCUGGAAAGCUGACUGUCUUCUCUGACGAUUACAGACUUCCUGGAUUUCUGGAGCCAUAGCACCUACAGUAUGGCUCAGAUGUCACAGGACAGUCACACGGUUCUCUGUGGAAACAAGGCUCAGGAGUAUGGCCAGUGCUGCAGCCCCGAUCUGGAGAGCCCUGAUACUUUAAUGAGCACAUUAAAAUAGCUGCAAAUUUAUGAAUAUCUAUUGGAUGUGGAUUUGUUGAGGCUCUGUAAAAAUCUGUAGGCCUUAAGUCAGAGCAAGGUUUGGUUUUGUGAACAGUGGUCUCAGCAUCAUCAAGGAUUAUAUAAAUGCUUCCGGUACUUCUUCACUAUUAAGUGUUUCUGGUACUUCACCAUGGAUCAGUUUCCGUUUCGUGCUCACGAAGCAAAGGGGCAGACAAGGGGAAGAGCUCUUGUUAGCUUCCAUCUCUUCUCCUGCCGUCUUUCUGGGGAACCCCCUGUCUACUGCCUGAAUUCCUCGACUGUAGAGUUUUACCUAGAGAUCCUGAGGCAGAGAGAAUUCAGCAUUUACCUAAAAUGGUGUGAACAGAACAAUCAAUUCAGAGGGCUUUAUCUGCCUGAGCUGCUAAUGGCUCCAUAUGACAGGCUUACCGGAUACCCCUGGUUGCUGGGCAAUCUCUGGAAAAGGAGUACAGCCACUGAGAUCGUGAUCUACUCCAUUAAGGAAAAGGUGAAGAAGUCAAUUGGGAAUCUUGAAAGAAAAGUGAAGUGGCCUGACCACUUCCAAGAAUGUAGACAUCUAUACAGAUCACAGAUUACAGUAUGGCCUCCACUUUGGGAAAGAGAAAAAAAGAUUUUCAUUCCAGAGGGGUUGAAGCAUGUUUUCAAAGAACAUCUGACAGAAAACCUCUUGUCACCAACCAACAGGCACCUUCUCUAUGAAGGAAAACUAACACUUAUAGUGUCUGGGCCGAGAAACUCUUUUUUUGUAUGAUGUGAAUGUGAGAACAGAUAUCGACAGUGUAUAGCAGCGAAACAUGAAGGCACAUGCAAUAGCGGCAUCACCGGCUUUACCAAGAGUCAGAAAGCCAGAGAAGCUUCCUCUUAG